GGCCGGAGCGGCGCGUCACGUGACGCACGGACCUGUUCUAUGAAACCUCAGCUGCUUCCUUGCUGUGGUGUUGUUGACUGUCUCACCUGCGAACCGUCAAGAUGAUGCACGGAGGUGCCGAAGAUGCCACACCUGCCACUGAGAAGAUCCAGAAUAUGUGUGACAGCUUGAAGGAACACGCCGAGAGUAAAACGGGCACGAAUUUCGCUGAGUUCACGGCCAAGAGCUUCAGGAGCCAGGUGGUGGCCGGAACCAACUACUUCGUGAAGGUUCGCGUGGGAGAGGACCAAUAUGCCCACCUUCGUAUCCACGAACCUCCGCUUUCUCAGGGAGAAGUCAAACUCGGUGACGUACAGUAUCCCAAGAAAGAGGAGGAUGCAAUCGAAUUCUUCUGAAGGGAUCAUGACGCAGCUCAGUCACGCCCUCUGCUGAUGAUACCAAUCAAUGCACAGAUUUCCCUGUGAGAUCGAUAUUGUUACUUGGUCAUUGUUGGUGAGAUUGGAUUAAAUAAAAUACAACAAAUACGUUUUUA